AUGCCCCGGCGGGGGGGCGUCCAGGGUAAGCGGCCCAUUCCCCACGUCAAAAAGAUCAUUGCCGUGUCGAGUGGCAAGGGAGGGGUAGGCAAGAGCACGGUCUCUGCAAACCUGGCGCUCGGCCUCGCUGCGACCUCGUCCGAGGUCCUCGGGCGCCGUGCGCGUGUCGGUAUUCUCGAUCUAGACAUCUUUGGGCCGAGUAUUCCAAAGCUCAUGCACCUCGAGGAUAUGGGCGAACCGGAGCUCACAAAGCGCUCGAAUGCGGAUACGCCGGUCGUCUGGCGGGGCCUGAUGGUCAUGAAAGCCGUACAGCAGCUGCUGUUUGACGUCGACUGGCGCGCAGGCGUCUCGCCUGAAACCGAUACCACUACGUCGGAUUUGCCAGGACUCGAUGCUUUGGUAAUCGAUAUGCCGCCUGGCACCGGCGACGUCGCGCUGAGCCUGAGCCAGCUCGUGCAGGUCGACGGUGCAGUCGUCGUCAGCACGCCCCAGGACGUUGCGUUGACAGACGCACGCAAGGGAAUUACCAUGUUCCAAAAGGUCAAUGUCCCGAUUCUCGGCCUCGUGCUCAACAUGUCGCACUUUAUUGCCCCGGACACAGGCGCGUCCUACCCCAUUUUUGGCUCUAGCGAAAAGUUUGAUGCUUUGGCGACCCGCCUUAACGUGCCAGUGCUCGGCAAGUUGCCGCUCGAAAUGUGA